ACAGUCGGGAAGUAGAGCCACUUCCGUCUUCCUACCUCAGUUAUACUGAAACCAGCCACUUCAGCAGACUCUGGUAAUAAUGGGGAACCAGAGAUUGUCCGGAGCGCGUUUUCACUGAUUUUUAUGCUUGUUUCGGACAAUUCCGAGCAGAGGCUCAUGCCACCGGGCUCAACCAGAAGGGCCAUUCAUAUUUUUAGUGCGUAAAAGUGAUCGGACUGCGGCUCUGUCUUGCCACAAUGGCUGCGACGUAGCGCAACUUUUGGAUCCACUUUCUGUGAGUGAUCGGCAGCGCAACUUUUCCAGACUUGAAAGGAGACGCGGAAAGGACGCGCAAACAUGAAGAAGCAGUUUAACCGCAUGAAGCAACUCGCCAACCAGACCGUUGGAAGAGCUGAGAAAACCGAGGUCCUGAGUGAUGACCUCCUUCAGAUCGAGAGGCGGAUGGAGGUCGUGCGCUCGGCGUCACACAUCAUGCACAAGAGGCUGGUGUCGUGUCUGCAGGGUCCACUGGGCAUAGACGCAGAGAAGAGACAUAAAAAGCUGCCGCUGACGGCGUUGUCCCAGGCCAUGCAGGACGGGGGCCGUGAGCUGGUAGAAGAGGGUCUCAUCGGCAAGAUGAUGGAAAUGUGCGGGGACGCAGAAAGCCUGUUGGCAAAUGAACUGAUGCAGCAUGAGCUGCAGAUCGAGAAAGAUAUCCUGGAUCCUCUAAACCAGCUGGCAGAAGUGGAGAUUCCCAACAUACUCAAACAGAGAAAGCAACUCGCGAAGCUUGUUCUUGACUAUGACUCGGCUAAGACGAGGUGGUAUCAGGCAACCAAGUCCAACAACCAGGCCAUGGCAAGCAAGGUGGAUCUGCUCAAGGACGAGAUGGAUGAAGCUCUCAAUAAAGUAGAGAUAUGCAAGGAUCAGCUUUCUGCAGAUAUGUAUAACUUUGCUUCCAAAGAGGCAGACUAUGCACGCUACUACGUCAUGCUAUUAGAGGCCCAGGCAGAUUACCACAGGAGGUCGCUGGCAGCUCUGGAGACGGCAAUACCAACCAUCCAAGUAAAGGAAGACUCAUUGACUGAGAAGCCAGCAUUCGGCACGGCGCUGGAGGAGCACUUGAAGAAGAGCAACCGUGAGAUUGCUCUGCCCCUGGAGGCUUGCAUCAUGAUGCUGCUGGAGACCGGCAUGAAGGAGGAGGGUCUCUUCAGGAUUGCCGCCGGAGCUUCAAAACUGAAGAAGCUGAAAGCAGCGCUGGACUGCUCCACCUCGCAGCUUGAGGAGUUCUACUCUGAUCCCCACGCUGUCGCCGGAGCCCUGAAGUCCUACCUCAGGGAACUGCCUGAACCUUUAAUGACUUUUAGCUUGUAUGACGAGUGGAUACAAGCCUCAAAUGUGUCGGAUCCUGACAAGAGGCUUCAGGCCUUAUGGGUGGCAUGUGACCAUUUGCCAAAAGCUCACAAAGUCAACUUCAGGUAUCUGGUGAAGUUUCUCGCCAGACUGGCUCAGGAAAGUGAAGUCAAUAAGAUGAGUCCGAGCAACAUCGCCAUUGUCCUGGGGCCUAAUUUGCUCUGGCAGAAGACAGAAGGGACGCUGGCAGAGAUGGCAGCAGCAACAUCUGUCCAUGUCGUGGCAAUCAUUGAGCCUAUUAUUCAACAUGCUGACUGGUUCUUCCCCGACGAGGUGGACUUCAACGUUUCCGGCAUGUUCAGUAUGCCCUCUCAUCCAGCCACCCCGGACCCCGAACCCUACCUGGACAGGAAACGCCCCGGCAGCAUGGGGCAGGACGGGGACAGUCACGCCCCGCGUAAAGACAGCACUGUUAACAAACAGCCGGAGCCCACUCCACGCAGAGCCACCUUAAUUAGAAAGCAGUCACAACUAACCUCACCCGUCUUCCAACCCCCACUGCCCCCUCUGGAAGCCGGGGGCCCGGCCCAGCAUGAAACCCAGCCCCAGGUCCUGUCCCCGGCUGCAGAGGCGGAGCAGCCUGGCCUGGGUGGUGCUGGUAUUGGUGGAGGUGCUCUGGGGGGUGGGGACCACGCUGCCGCAGCGCAGCCUCAGGUUGUAAAGCAGCUCACCGCAGAGGAGAGCAGUCCAGCCCGUGAGUUCAUGUCCACCCCCCCUCCGCAGAGGAAUGGUGCUGCCCAUCUGGCGGUAGGAACCCCACAGUCUCAGGGCGGCUCAAGAGGACCUAGUCCCCACAUGGUCCGCAGAGGAACCAAAAAGCAAGCACCAGCUCCACCCAGGGUGGCCAGCCCGUUCUCCUCUCAGACCCACACGCCGAGCUCCUCUCAUCACCCACCCAUCACGCCUCGUCGUUUCCCCAGCAAAGAAGCCAUCCACGCCCCGAGCCACCCCCCGCCGCAGCCGCCCCCAGCUCAGCAGGCUCCGGGGGAGUGGGAGCCCUCUCCCUCCAGCAGUCCCACCCCCCCCGACACUCCGCCUCACGAUGGCUCGCUCUCCAACCCGCUCUCUUCGUAUCCCUCGGGAUCCCUGCCUCGCCCCUCCAGGCCGGCUCCCAAGCCCCGGCCGCGGCCCAGCAUGCCACCGCCCCAGAAGCCCCCGGCAAGUGACUCCGGUAAUGGCAUCUACAGCUCCGCCUCCAAGAUCAUAACAGAUGGAGAAGGAGGUCUUCUUCCAAAGGGGACUGGAAGAGCUUUCAUUCCCCAGGUGAUUGUGGACCAACACGAGCAGGGCUCUGCUGGUCAAGAGCCCGCCUCCGCCCCGGCCGCCCACCCAGACAUUUGCAUCCCGACAGAGAACACCGCUCUGUGAGGAAACCGUCAGCCGGUCCCACUUGGCAUAGGUUCCCUCCAGCUUCAGCCCCACUGACAUGCUGCUUUUUUGUCUGUUAUACUGACUCGAACCACAACCCACAAGUUGCAGUGGUGGCUUUACCAUAAAACUCCUGUCCAGCUAUUACAUUCCAGAUUAAACCUCAUACUUAACCCUUUGUGCUCCUUAAACCAAUGGGUAUCUUGAGAUUGGAUUGCAAGGCCUUGCUGGAAAAUAUUACCACUUUUUGAUCGUCUCCUUUUUAAAAAAAGAUCUUGUAUUAAUAGAAAAGAUUGAAUGAAAUGAACUCCGUUGGACAAAGAGUGGUUUUAGCACAUAUUCCACUUUUAAUUAGAAGUUUUUUUUUCCUUGUAACACAGACGUGCUGAUGGGUUUUGACUGGCCACUUGUGACACAUUUGUCUCGAAACUGAAUCGCAGCCUUCUGUCCCACGGUUAUCAAUUUCAGAUGGAUAAACUAGAGGUUGGGCUUGAUGUCGGACGGUGCAGCCAAGGAGGACCGAAGAAACAACUAUUGGCCAAAAGAAAUUCAGUUCACAUACAGAGCCGUUCACGUGUUACGGUUACCAACGACCAAAUAUUUUGGAAAGAGUGCAAUAUAACAUGCAGUUUUCUUCCAGUGGUUACUCACCCACAGCACUGUACACUGCCAUUUCAGGCAAUUUGACUUCAUUGCUUGUAAUUUAGCUGAGUGGAGAUUUGAGAGUUUCUUCUGGAUUUUAUGUGAUUUCGACUGAGCCGAUCAACAAGCUGAAAAUUGUAUUUGAUGCUUCAUUUUUUUCUUUUUUUCUUUUUUUUUACUAUUACUAUUAAAAGGGAUUUUAUUAUGCAAAUUUGAUAACUUUUGUAAGUGAUCACACCCAGUCAAACUUAAAGCUAUGACCAAAUAUGACAGAAUAAUUAAAAUCUUUGUGAAUAAA